UGAAUUUGACUUGAUCUAGCUCUUUAUUGGUUGUUGGUUGGCAAAGCAUGUCUCACGGUUAAGAUUUUGGAGUUAUUUAAUUUCAAUUUUAAAGAUAGAGUAGUUUGUAAUUAUAAAGUACAAAAUUGUAAUAUACAUAAAUAUCUAAAAAUAGUUUAUUAUUUUUAGUUUAAAUAUCGAAUGUUUAUUAUUCGAAUACUUGUAUUAUAGUCAAUGACAUUUAAAACGAAUAAGGUUUAAUAAUAAUAAAGAAGAAAUGAGUUUCACAUACAAUGCUUCAAAAUCUCAGGCCAAUACUACACCUACAAGUAGUGCUCCAACCACAAGUAUAUCUUGAUAUUUGUUCUUUUACAUUUGGGGCUGCCGGUGCUGGAGAUGCAGCAAAACCAACAGGCUUCUCACUUACAUCUAUUCCAGCACAAACUAAACCUGGUACUGGAUUUGGAAGUGGCUUAGGUACUGCUCCUGCUACUGGCUUUAGUUUCGGAACACCAAAUGCUACUAUUGCAAGUACUACAGUUGCACAGACACCAGGUUUAACAUUUAGUACUGGCACAACAACAAGUACUGGUAUAACUCCUGCUGCAACUACUACUACAACACCUACAGGAUUCUCUGUACCAGCACCAGCUGGAAGUACCUUAAGUUUCAGUUUAGGAGGUACUACAACUGCCACAACAACAACAGCAAUAACAACAGCUUUUGCAUCCAAGCCACUUACUGGUGGAUUUACUUUGGGAGGUGGUGAAGCUACUGCAUCUACUGCUGCAACUGGUUUAACAUUUGGUACUCCGAACAUAAUAACAACAGGAACUGGAUUUAAUCUUUCUGCAACACCUGUUGCAACUACUACAACAAGUACAACCACAACAGCGACAGGUUUUUCUUUAAGUGUCAGUGGGACAACUUCUGCAGCCACAGGAUUUACUUUUGGCACAGGUACAACUGUAACUAGUACAACAGGAUUUUCUUUAAAUCAAACAGCUGCUACCACAAGUCUUACAAGUACUCAAGCAUCAUUGGGAACGACAACUACAACUGUUAGUUCAUCCGCAGUUCAACCUGCUUCUAUAACUUCAUUUGAAGAAUCCAUCAACAAAUGGACUUUGGAAUUAGAAGAGCAAGAAAAAGUAUUUGUAAACCAAGCUGCUCAAGUUAAUGAUUGGGAUAAAUUACUUAUAAAUAAUGGGGAAAAAAUAGUAGCACUCAAUGAAGAAGUAGAAAGAGUUAAAAUUGAGCAACAGCAAUUAGAACAUGAAUUGGAUUAUGUUGUUGGACAACAAAAAGAAUUACAAGAUUGUUUAGUAGAAUUAGAAAAAGGAUUAUCAACUCUUUCAGUCUCUGAUCCAGAAAGAGAAUAUACAUAUCGUUUAGCAGAAGAUCUUGAUACGCAAUUAAAACGAAUGUCGGAAGAUUUAAAAGUAAUUGAACACUUGAAUCAAGCUAAUCGCACUCAAGAUUCUAGCGACCCAAUCGUUCAAAUUGGCAAAAUAUUGAAUGCACAUAUGAAUAGUUUGCAAUGGUUAGAUCAACAAACAACUUUACUUAGUCAAAAAAUACAGCAGAUUGAACAGAUGCAUAAAAAUUUUAGACAAGAAAAUGAACGAAGCUUCAGUUUAGCAUACAAUUAAUAUUAGCCAUCGAAUUUUUAUAAUUGUAUAAUGAAAAAUCUUGCAAAAAGUACAUUUUAUACCAAUUGUUUUUGUGUUAAAAGAUAACAGCAUUGUGUAAAAAAUAAAAAAUUUAUAUUAUAU